AUGGGCGGCGAAGACGCGUCGCGGAAAAGUUGGCCCGAGAGCGAGCGGGCGCGGAAAAUCCGCGAGCGCGAGAGCAAGUCGCAGCGCAAGGCGAUCAGCGUCAUCGUCUUCGGUCACUUGAAGCGGCUGUGGAUGGACGGGCAGAUCAUUUUGAUCGCGUCGCUCGCGCUGACGGCCGCGCGCAUGGCGUUUCUCGCGGUGUGCCUCGCGACGUUCGACAAGGCGAAGGAGUGCGCCGCCGCGGCGUUUGGAUUUUUUUUAACGUUCGCGACGGCGCCGUUUCGGUUCGCGCGCGGGUUGUUGACGUCGACGUCGACCGCGCGAACGGGAGAUGGUGGGAACGGCGAGAUCGAGAGCGUUACGACCACCGCGAGAGACGACAUCGACACGGCGUGA